GCCGGGAGGACGCUUAGGGGAGAGCGCCAGAAGGGCGAGCUGGUGGCUCGCGAGCCGAGCAGGUGGAGCUGUUGGGGGAUUCAUCCAAUGGGGGUUGCCGAAGAAGGGAGGAGCGCUUUGGACUCGGCCGCGGAAUUCUUGCAUUUUCUGCGGCUGACUGAGGUGGCUGGAGUGCAAGAAGAGCCGUGGGUUGGGUGGAAGCGACAGGAUGGUGGGUUUCCCCCCCGCUUUUGCUGUCUAGGUAUUGCGGCUGCCCAAGGAGGAAGAGGAGGCGCGAUGAAACCUCCCAAAAAGAAACCUAAAGGUCUCGAGGUGGAGGAUCCCCUCUGUUGCUGCGAGUACCUCGACCGGACGGGGGAGAGGAGCCACCUGGCGGCCUGCCUUUGUAACUGUGAGGACCUCGAUGAGUGCAGUGAAAGGUGGCUGACUUGCAGACCUUUGCCCCCUGGGAUUUUAGAGAGAAUUGCAGACACCUUCACGGACCGCUUUCGCUUCCCAUGGCUUAGAGGUGCUGUGAAGAUUGAUAUCAGCCUCCUUCCACCCAUUAUACUGCUGCCUGUCUUCCUUCACAUAGCAGCCUUGCACCUCCUCCUGGCUGUCGUCAUCCUGAUAUCACUUCCUGUACUGGUGCUGUGGUACUACUACCUCACACACAGGAAGAAGGGCCGAACUCUCUUCUUCUUGAGUCUGGGGCUUUUUUCCCUGGGCUAUAUGUACUUUGUGUUCCUCCAGGAAGUGGUUCCCCAAGGCCAUGUGGAACACAGCCAGGUGAUGCUUCUCACCUGUGGUUUAAUCCUCAUGCUUGUGGCUCUGUCUCAAGCCAAGAGAGACCCUGGCUACCUUUGCUGCCAAAUGAGCAGUGACAAAGCACUUUGUCAAGACAAUAGCAACAUCGUCCCAAGUUGGAAUGGCCUGGGGAACGCCAAUGGGCUUUACAGAGCAGCUCUGUCUGGCGUUGCUACAAACAGUCACACUGAGAGCCAGCUGAAAAAGGAGGCAGGUGGGGGCAUGGAGGACUGGUGCCCCAAGUGUCGGCUUGUUAGGCCUGCUCGAGCUGGCCACUGCCGGAUAUGUGGCAGGUGUGUGAAGAGACUGGACCACCACUGUGUCUGGAUUAACAGCUGUGUUGGAGAACACAACCACCAAGCCUUUAUCCUCGCUCUCUCCCUUUUCCUGCUCACCUCACUAUAUGGGAUUUCUUUAACUUUGGACACCAUUUGCAAGGGAAAAGCUACCGUCAAGGCGCUGUUUUACUGCCCUGGGGUCUAUGCAGACUACAGUUCUGCACUGUCAUUCACCUGUGUAUGGUAUUGCACCAUUGUGACCUCUGGAAUGGGCUACGUCCUCCUCAUUCAGCUCUUGAACAUCAGCUACAAUGUGACAGAGAGGGAAGCUCGGAUAGCCUUGCGGGAUAGUUCUGGGCGUAGACUGUUUUGUGGGAUGGCAGUUGACACAGGUCAAUACAAUCGGGGCUUCCUGCGCAACUGGAUCCAGUUCAUUACUUUGGGCUCCUCCACACCACAGCACUCAACUGAAGCCAUUGUUUAGAGUCUAUAUCAGUCACACUGAGUUAGCUCGUCUAAUGAUCACUGUCUUAAGGUAGAUAGGUCUCGACAGCUGGAAGCUGGAGAGUAGAACGCACAGUCUGUUAAGCCAUACUGCAAACCUAGCACUCAUCUACAGGAUCGACAGAAAAGACCCAAAUGUGAAGGUGACUUUUACGCCUCUGUAUAUUCAUCACUUGACGCCUGCGAUCCUCACAGGUGUAUGAAAUAGCCAUUACAGAUUAGAUACCACAAACAAGGCUUUCAUAGCACUAGACACAACUUCGGAUCUUCUGUUUUUCUGUGGUGGAUGUUCAUACAUUCAGCUAUGGGUCAUUGAGUGAUGUGUGAAUAAUCAGUCAGCAGAGCACUGUACUGCUACAUAGGGAUUGUCGAUGGAAUGAGUACACCUUAAUUGUCAGGGUAUCAUUGGGUCAGUACAGAGCUUAGGAAGGAAUAUGCUUUUCCAUUCCAUUGCAGACUCUUUAAGAGAAUGAUUCUAAAACCAGGGGACGGAAGUGUGGUGACAGCUAGAAGCAUAGGCUUGGAUCCUAUGAUAUCAUUCCAUCACAGUUCUCUCAAGCUGCUACGGAGACUAUCCACACACCCCAGGGUUCCUUGAAGAACGUUGAUCUGGCACAUGCAGAAAUGCUAACAGCAGAGGAAAGCCUCUGCAGUGGCCAGAGAGAAGUGCAAUGGAAACAAUGUCAUGGAAUACAAGCCUUGACUUUCAAGAGAGGGAGAAGAUCCUGUAGGCUGAGCUGCAGGCACUUUCUUUCUAGUGGUAGAAGUUUGGAACUUGAGUCACCUCAUGUAGAGCAGCUGCAAGGAAGCAGAGGCAAGUAGGAAUCCCCAGCCACUACUUCUUCCCCUUAUUGUCACUUUCCUGACUGGCUGAUUUUUAGGAAGAUGACCCUUUCUAGUUUUCUUCCAACACCUGUGCUGGAUUAGUACCUUAAUCCAUGGAGCCUGAGGUGCCACCAGCAGUCUUUGUGCGAGCAACUAUAAGUGAACAUUUUGUGCACACAGCUAGUGAAGAAAUGGUUGUUGGUGGGUUAAGGCUCAAGACAUGAAGUUUACAAGGGGACCCAAAAGGUUGGGAGAUGCUCCUUUAGGUACUAGGGUGACUUAAUGUUGCACAGCCAUGCCAGAGAGAAUUAUUGAACUUUGGUUUUAUUGCAAAUCUCUGCUACAUCCAAAUAGGGGCAUUUUAAAGGUUUUCUGCACUUCCAUCCCAAUGUUGAAAUCUUCUCAUUGCAUUUUUCUUGGUCUUUUCUUUUUAGAAGAACAAAGAUGCAUUAGCUGUCCUGUUAAGUGCCUUUGAGACUUUUUCUUGGCCUUGUGAUUGGUGAGGCCAGAGUAAGGCAGGGUGGCUCUGUAUUAUUUUUAUCUUACCUUUAUUGUAAGGAGCUUAGGGCACUCCAGCAUUCACCUCUUUGUCACCCCAGAAAACAUGGUUGUCUCUAUUAGUUAUACCCCUGCCCCAUUCCAAGGUGGCUCAGAUAAGAUAAAAAAUUAAAACACAAGUCAUGCAGCGCCUUUAAACACUAACAAAUGUAUUAUAGCUCAAGCAUUCAUGCUUAUUUUUAAAGGCUCUCCCUCCAAUACAUUUAUGGAUUGUGAGGGGGGAGCCUGUGAGCCAGAGCCCACGUAUGCAUCUGGCUUUCAAAACGUUAUGUUAAAGUCCAUCUCAAGGUGCCUCGAGACUCUGUUGUUUGUGUGUCAAUGCUAAUAUGUAAUCCAAGAUAAAAGAUGAAAUAUGUUUUUAUUCCUGUUUUUCAGAUUAGUUCGCAGAGUAAUUCACAGGAAUUUUAUUUAUUCAUUUAUACCUGCGUUUCUCCCCCGUGGAGACUGAAAGCAGC